AUUACAAUUUUUAAUUGGAUAAAGAUUUCUGAAUUCGACGCCAAAGAUUCAUUCCUAAUUAGCUGCUAAGAAGUCGAAGAAUGUUGAUUUGUAAUUCCGAAAAAUCUUAACAAAUCAGAAUGAUGAUGAAUGAUUUGAAUAGAAAUUAUUCAAAAAAUGGAGAGGUAGAAGAAAGAAAAAAGGCUGCAGUUUGAGGAAGCACAGAGGAAGAGGAGGUUUCUGCAAAUCAACGCUUCGCUUCACGCGUAGAGUAGGGUAGUAGCAGUGGUCUUCCUACGCGGCAUCUUCCGGGACUUUCUUCUUUUCUCUUUCUCUCUCUACCCACAAAGCCCACCCACGUUCUCUCUCUCUAUAAACCCCCUUUGCGCUCUUUCUCUCUCUAAAACUGCAAAACGUCAAGCCUUGAGAAGACCCUUAAUCGCAAAGAUUCUUGCACGGUACAAUCUCCAACAUUCUCUGGGAUCAAACUCGUGAGUUGUACAGCGACGUGGGCACACAGAGAAGAAGAAGAACAAGAACAAGGAGAUGUUGCGGUCGUGUUACAGGCCGUUCGAGCGAUGUCUGGGGCGACGAGGCGAUGGGCUGUUGUGGCAUAUGGACUUGAAGCCUCAUGCGUCGGGGGACUUUUCGAUUGCCGUGGUGCAGGCUAACUCUAGCCUUGAAGAUCAGGGCCAAGUGUUCACGUCGCCGUCCGCCACCUAUGUUGGCAUCUACGACGGCCAUGGCGGCCCCGAAGCGUCCCGAUUUGUUAACAAUAAUCUCUUCCCUCACCUUCAUAAAUUUGCCACGGAGCAAGGGGGGUUAUCGGCGGAUGUGAUAAAGAAGGCGUUUGAUGCUACUGAAGAAGAGUUUUUGCAUUUGGUGAAGCGAUCAUUGCCGGCUCAUCCGCAGAUUGCAUCGGUAGGAUCGUGCUGUCUUGUGGGCGCAAUUUCGAACGGCGUAUUGUAUGUGGCAAACCUCGGGGACUCGAGGGCGGUUCUCGGCCGGAGGAACCCGAGGGAGGAGAGGAGCGCGGUGGCGGCGGAGCGGUUGUCGACGGACCACAACGUUGCAGUUGAGGAGGUGAGGAGGGAGGUUGAGGCGCUUCACCCUGACGAUUCCCAUAUUGUGGUGUACACCCGUGGUGUGUGGAGAAUAAAGGGCAUCAUUCAGGUUUCACGAUCUAUUGGUGACGUCUAUUUGAAGAAACCUGAGUUUAACAGAGACCCAAUUUACCAACAAUUUGGAAACCCUGUUCCUUUGAAGCGACCUGUAAUAACAUCAGAACCCUCAAUCCUUAUAAGAAAGCUUAGGCCACAGGACUUAUUCCUGAUUUUUGCAUCAGACGGCCUCUGGGAACAAUUGAGUGACGAAGCUGCUGUAGAAAUCGUUUUCAAUAAUCCAAGAGUUGGAAUAGCCAAGAGGUUGGUGAGAGCAGCUCUUCAAGAGGCCGCAAAGAAGCGAGAGAUGAUAUAUGAUGACAUAAAGCAAAUUGGAAAGGGAAUUAGGCGCCAUUUCCAUGAUGAUAUCACGGUGAUCGUGGUGUAUCUUGAUCACCACAGAGGAUCCUCGAAUCGAAGAUUUAAGCACAGUACCGUUGGCUGCACCAAUGCGCCUGUUGAUAUCUUCACCCUGAAUACAGAUGAAACAAGGAAGAAUCGGCUUUCCUCAAUUCCCUGAAACACAAAAUACGUCAACUUCACUGAUUGUACAGGUAGGGGUGGGAAACUUGUAUCGAGUCCAAGCGAGGGGUGGAAAUCCACUGCGGGCUGAAUGGUGAAAACAGAGUUUGAUUUGUCGGGUGUAAAUAGAAACUGGGACUUGGUUUUCACCAACAAUGAGAAUGACUUUUGGUCUACAAAAGCUAUCUGCGGUAUUGGACUUGGACCCUCAUCAUGACCCUUUAUUGAAUCUAUUUUUUUGCAAUUUCCACAAUAUACAUUAAUAUUACCACAGAUGGUCUCAAAAACAGUUGCUUUAGACGACCAAAAUUUCUAUUGCAAAUCUGCAACGAUGGAAGUUUUCGUGUUCCAAGUAGAAAACUAAUGGGGAAAUUAUGACUUGGUCAUAGAUUGUGCUUGCACAAGGAAGCUAGCACAUGCUGUUGACUAGAAAUUCUUUUCUUUA